UCUAGAAGGGAGGGGGUGUGUUUGUGAAUGUGUGUGAGAGAGAAACAAGGAGAGCAGCGAUCUCACACACAUAAGGAGCACAUGUGGUGAAAGAAAAUGCCCACCAACUUCACAGUGGUGCCGGUGGAAGAUGGUCAAACUUCAAGUCCAGACUCUGAUGAUAAACACUCUGGAGGAGAAGAUGAGGACAAGCCUGGGCUUUACUCAGCAGGUGAUGAAACCCCUGGAGAGGACAGUCCCUUCCUCACCAUUUCUGACCAUGAGAGGAGCUGUGAUGGGAAUAAUAUGGCACUGUUCGAGGAAGAAAUGGACAGCACUCCAAUGGUGUCAGCCCUCCUCAACAAACUGGCCAAUUACACCAACUUGACACAGGGGGUUGUUGAUCAUGAGAAAGCUGAGAGUGAGGAUGGCGUUAAGAGGGUUGCCAUCAAGGGUCCUCAGAUGGGCACGUUUAUAGGUGUGUACCUGCCCUGUAUGCAGAACAUCUUGGGUGUGAUUCUGUUCCUACGCCUUACGUGGAUCGUGGGCACAGCUGGAAUCUUGGGUUCCUUCACCAUCGUCUUCAUGUGCUGUGCCUGUACUCUGCUGACUGCAAUAUCAAUGAGUGCCAUUGCAACUAAUGGUGUGGUACCAGCUGGUGGCUCAUAUUAUAUGAUCUCAAGGGCACUGGGUCCAGAGUUUGGAGGUGCUGUUGGCUUGUGUUUGUACUUGGGUACAACCUUUGCUGGAUCCAUGUAUAUACUGGGCACCAUGGAGAUCCUUUUGAUGUACAUAGUGCCAGAUGGAGCACUGUUUGCUGACAAAAUGGAUGAGCCAAUGUCUCGGCAGAAUAACAUGCGUGUUUAUGGAUCCUGCUGCUUGGCUCUCAUGGCUCUGAUGGUGUUUGUCGGUGUGAAGUAUGUGAAUAAACUGGCACUGGUCUUCCUCUCCUGUGUGAUUCUCUCCAUUAUGGCCAUUUAUGCAGGAGUUAUCAGAACUGUGAUAGACCCUCCAGAGUUUCAAGUGUGUCUGCUUGGCAAUCGCACACUAAAAAAUCUUGACUUUGAUAAAUGUCUGAAGACAGAAGUCAUCAACAACUCAACUCACACCACUGAGCUGUGGGGGCUGUUCUGCGAUGGACCUUACCUCAACGCAUCUUGUGAUGACUACUUCACCUUCAACAAUGUGACUGAGAUUAAAGCCAUCCCAGGCCUGCUCAGUGGAGUCAUCUCAGAGAACUUGUGGGGAGAUUAUGGUCCAAGCGGGCGGCUGAUAGAGAAAAAUCUGUCAUCAGAAGCCACGCAGGAGACUUUUGAAGACAUGAAGAAGCCUUAUGUCUUCAGUGACAUCACAACCUACUUCACCCUGAUGGUGGGCAUCUACUUCCCCUCAGUUACAGGCAUCUUGGCUGGAUCAAAUCGGUCUGGAGAUUUGAGGGACGCUCAGAGGUCCAUUCCUAUUGGCACCAUAUUGGCUAUUGUUACCACUUCCAUCAUCUAUAUGUCCUGUGUGGUGCUGUUUGGAGCCUGUAUAGAGGGUGUGGUAAUGAGAGACAAGUUUGGCUACUCUCUGAAAAGAACCCCGGUGAUAGGUACUCUGGCCUGGCCAUCUCCUUGGGUGCUUGUGAUAGGCUCUUUCUUCUCCUGCUGUGGAGCAGGAUUACAGAGCCUAACUAGCGCCCCAAGGCUUCUACAGGCCGUCGCACGGGAUGGAAUUGUACCAUUCCUAAAGGUCUUUGGUCAUAGUAAAUCCAAUGGUGAACCAACCUGGGCUUUACUGCUAACUGCAGGAAUCUGUGAGAUUGGGAUUCUUAUUGGCUCCCUAGAUUUUGUUGCUCCAGUCCUUUCAAUGUUUUUCUUGAUGUGCUACCUGUUUGUUAACCUGGCCUGUGCUGUCCAAACACUACUGCGCACCCCAAACUGGAGACCAAGGUUUAAAUUCUAUCACUGGAGUCUUUCAUUCCUCGGGAUGAGCCUUUGUCUCUCUCUUAUGUUCGUUUCCUCCUGGUUCUAUGCUUUGGUUGGGAUGCUGAUUGCAGGAUGCAUAUAUAAAUAUAUCGAAUACAGAGGGGCAGAGAAGGAGUGGGGUGAUGGAAUCAGAGGGUUGUCCCUAAAUGCUGCACGUUAUGCACUUAUUAAGCUGGAGGAAGCACCACCUCACACUAAGAACUGGAGGCCCCAGAUGCUAGUGCUGCUGACCCUAGACUCUGACUUGGCAGUGAAGCACCCACGUUUGCUAUCUUUCACAUCCCAGCUGAAGGUGGGGAAAGGCCUGACCAUUGUGUGCUCUGUGCUGCAAGGAACCUUUAUGACACGGAGUGCUGAUGCCAAACGCUCUGAAGAGAAUGUCAAGAAAUCCAUGGCUGCCGAAAAGACAAAGGGCUUCUGUCAUGUUGUGGUGUGCUCUAAUCUACGGGAUGGCUUCUCAAAUUUGAUCCAGUCGGCUGGCCUGGGAGGCAUGAAGCACAACACUGUUCUGAUGGCCUGGCCCAGCAACUGGAGACAGGCUGAAGACACCUCCUCCUGGAAGAACUUCAUUGAGACGGUGAGAGAGACGACCGCUGCUCAUCAGGCUCUGCUUGUGGCAAAGAAUAUCGAUCAUUUUCCCUGCAACACGGAGCGUCUGGUUGAGGGCACCAUAGAUGUGUGGUGGAUUGUCCAUGAUGGAGGCCUGCUCAUGCUGCUGCCUUUCCUGCUCCGCCAGCACAAGGUGUGGAAAAAGUGUAAGAUGCGCAUCUUCACUGUGGCUCACCUGGAUGACAACAGCAUUCAGAUGAAGAAGGAUCUGCACAUGUUUAUGUAUCAGCUGCGCCUUGACGCUGAAGUAGAGGUGGUAGAGAUGCAUGCAAGUGAUAUCUCAGCCUUCACCUAUGAGAAAACCCUGGUGAUGGAGCAGCGUUCUCAAAUGCUCAAACAGAUGCAGCUCUCCAAAACAGAGAGAGAAAGAGAGAUUCAAAGCAUUACUGAUGAAUCCAGGAGCUCCAUUAAGAGAAAGAACUGCAUGAAGGAACCAACUCCCAACACCUUAGAAGUACCAGGCAUGGCAGAAAUAGAGAAUGAGGCUCAGAUGUUUCAUGAAAGGAACACUAAGCCACAUGAUGGCCACCAAGAAAAGCAUAGCCCCACAUCUGACCACAUCCACAUGACCUGGACCAAAGAGAAGUUCAUUAGUGAGAGGAACCGUCACCGUGAGGCCAGCCCAGGUAUCCGGGACAUCUUCAACAUGAAACCAGAAUGGGAACACCUAAACCAAUCCAACGUGAGAAGAAUGCACACUGCAGUCAAACUGAAUGAAGUCGUGGUCAACAAAUCCCAGGGGGCACAUCUUGUCUUAUUGAACAUGCCUGGACCACCUAAAAACAAGGGUGGUGAUGAGAAUUACAUGGAGUUUUUGGAAGUUUUAAUUGAGGGCUUGGAUCGGGUUCUGCUUGUACGAGGUGGAGGUAGAGAAGUCAUCACCAUCUAUUCUUAACCAAAUGGCAGAACACGCACUCUGGAGAGUGUACGUGUACAAAGGAACUGUCUACGACUCAGGAUAGGAAAAUUGGAAGCUAGGAAAUUUGCCUUCUGUCAGGGAUGAGUUAAAUAGUAAACACUUUUAACCAAACUGGACUCUUGGAUCCUGGAGUCUAUGCCAAAUCGUCAAAAUAUUUGACUCAAUGUGUAACUGCUGAACAUAUAGCCAGUGAACAUGUAGGCCAAUGUUUUGGGUAAAUAUAUUCCUUUAGGCUACUUUUAGAUAUGUUUAGCUAUAUGUACUGAUUGUGACAAUUAAUGUAUGUUGUCUUCCACUCGUAGCAGCCAAGAAUGGAUGCUAAAUGUUACUAUUGUUUUUUUAAUCUGCUGCCAAUCCAGUGUGAUCCACUGCAAAUAGAAGAGUGAAUUUUCCAGGACUCUUCCCGAAUAUAGCUGUAUUUGCUUCUGACAAAUGAUUUAGAAACAGCUGAAUUACUUAUUUUCUGUUUUAUUAGGGCAAGACAUUGCACUCAAAUUCCAAGCCAAAGGGUUGCAGGCCUCACAAAACCAACAGUUUUUCCAAAUAUGCCAACAGAAAGUAUUCAGUAGUGUUUAUAUCUAAGCACAUUAUACAUGUGUUAUGAAUGAUAAUAUGAAGUUUAUAAAUAGGGUCUGUAAACUAAAAUUUUACCAGAUAUGUAUAUGUAUUUAUCAUGCUAGACCUGAGAUGGAUGCAGGCUUUAUUCACAAUUGCUUGAUUUCAUUUUUAAUUUAAUGUAGAAUAAUAACUCUAAUAAUAACUGAACUGUAAGACAGUAUUUUAACAGUGUUGGGUUAAUUAAUAAGUAUUUGUAUCCUCCUUUUUUCCAUGUAUUAUACAUAUCUUGUGCUGCUAUUUUAAAAAGCAUCAGUUUUUAACACAAGGAAAGGGCUCACACACUCAAUUUUUCACAGUAGUAAUAGAAUAAUUAAUUAUUAUGAUUCUUUUUCAUAGCUCACAUAUGUUUUGUGUGAGCCACAAUGGAGACUGAACAGCCUGCAUAUAUUGAGAUCAUUCUCAGUGAUGAGUGUUUGCUGAGGAACAUGACACAAAACCAGGCUUAUGAUGAUGCCACCUCAGACUUAGUAACACUUGCCCAUUGAUCUCUUCAUAAUGAGUGUCAGAUUCAAACCAUUGAAGAAGACACAGCCUGCUCACUCCAUGUACUAUCCAAAAAGUCUUAAGACAAACUGUUAAAAUUAAUAGUUAAUUCUAUCAGCUUUACAGUGCACCUGCCUGUUCUAGUCUGACUGACCCUUGAGGUUUGCCGUUUACCUGCCUAAUGUCCAAAUUCUGCACAGACACUGAAUCCUGUAGUCUUGAAAAUGUGUAUAUAGUCUUGAAUGCUCUUGGAAAAUUGCUAGGACUCAGUUGUCUGACACUGUUUUAGUAUUUUUAAUUUAUUAGGACAUAAAUGAUUGCUUUUUGCUUUGGAUUCUUAGGAAUUUCAUAGAGAAGCGUGGGUGUACUUACCUAUGAAACAAUCUUCUAAACAAAUACAUAUCAGUUAAAUGUUUGAUUGUACUGAUACUGACUGAUUACUGUUCACUGGAAUGAGCCAGUUUAAACUUGAAAGUUUAAAACAGGGGGUUCUUGUGCUGACGUGUUAUUUAACGAGCAGUUGUGAACAGAGAGCUCUUUGUUAUGCUUCAUAGAAAUGAAUGAAAAGGUUCCUAUUCUUAUCCUAUGGAUAGAAUAUCAUUUGAGGAAGCUUUUUUGUCAGUUUUAUCUCUUUUAGAUAGAUUUGUCAAGUAUUUAAAUGCACAAGUUAGAUAAGAUGCUAACUUGGGUUGAAAAAAGUUCAGAUUGGAUUUGUCAACAUUUCUGUUUUUAAGGGGUUUUUUUUGUGGGGGGGGGGGGGGGGUG